AUGUGUUUUUAUAUAGAGGCCCACGUGGCAUUGACGCUGGUCUCAGCAAGCGGUGAGAAGAUCACGAGUAGCCACACACACGACGUCAAACUGUCAACUAACACGGAAUUCGGGGAACGCUUCGCCUUCGACAUGUCCUCGCUAAAUCCACGCGAGGUCACGCUGUUUGUGCGCGUCUUCCAAAAGCACCACGUUCACAAGAACGAGUGCCUCGGCUGGUUCGCUAUUGGAUCCAAGAAUACUGGUGAGGAGGAGCGCUCGCACUGGAAUGAGAUGCUUCAGGCCCAGGGCCAGGAAAUAACUCGGUGGCACGUACUCAAUGAGAAUCUCACUUGA